AUGGCUGUAUUCAACACUGUUAACACACCAGACAUUGUGAAAAAGUUAUUUGAGAUGUACUAUGCAUAUAACUUUAACCUCUCAUACCAAAGUCUCACAAGUUAUGCUGCAAGAGAGAAGUUAAGGAAUUUGAAGAACAAUGAACCAGAGUUUUGGGAUGAACUCACCAGGCAAGAAGGAGAGGAGAAAGAUGAUGGUGGCAUGGAGCUUGAUGAUGAGGCCAGGCUUGAUGGUCUCCCAGAGGGUGAUGAUACUGAUGUGCCCUGUUCAUCUGUUGUUGCAGACAUAUUGAGUGGUGACAUUCAUACAGGAUUUAAGGAACCAGUCAGAGCACUUACCUCCAAAGGAGAAGCCAAAACCAUGGACUUUGUGGUGGACAUGGUACAUGAGGAGGUGGGUAAUGACUGUGAGAACCUAGCAGAUGCAGUAGAAUUAGGAUGGGAGAGAAGAAAGAAAAAAACAAAUUCUUCAUACUCACACUCAUUCUGGUAUCAUCACAAUGAUGACAAGAGCUAG